UUUCGAUCUAAUUGCUUGGUUCGCCUUGCACUUGCCUUGCUUCUUGCUGAAACACAACGAGGAAACGAGAGGAGGAAACGCUGACGGGUAAAACCUACAGGGGAAAGUCAGUUUAGUCCCCUUCUAAAUGAUUCGACUCUAGUCGCAUUCAUUGAACACUCAGAAACUUUGACAGUGCUUUAUUCGAGAUUUGAACGACUCGCAAUGUCGCUUUAUACACCAGUAUUCCCGCCAUCUCUCGAACGCAGGUCUGCAGGGCGCAAGGCCGCGCUGUCAUCCAAUAAACCCAACCAACUGUCUGCUACCGAGAUACUACGCGACAUUCAUCUUUUUCUUGCCACCAAACCUGAGGUAUUUGCACCCUCCUCAAGACCCAGCUCACCCUCGUUCGACUCAAACGUUGGAAAACUGAAACAAUCUGUCCUCGAGGCAAUCGACGCCGCAAGAGGAGACACAGGGGACGGGAAAUGGAAACAGGUUAGCGAGAAGUUGAAGAUGGGGUGUGUCAGGGGACGAUAUCGCAUGACUGGAUUAAACCAACGCUGGAAUCCAGCUGAGGACGCGGAGUUGAUACUACCAGAUGACGAAGAAACAUGGUUGAAGCUGGAGAAAGAUAGGUCAGAGGCGAGGAGACUCAAAGAGAAUGCCAAGUAUUCUCGUCAUCCCGAUUUGGAAAUUAUUCAAGCGCCAGACACUGUCUCACCCAAGACCCUGCAGAAUGUUAAGGAAAAGGUAGCCAAGUGGCAAGCGACGAUCUCCACACCUGAAGCCGCAUCGGGUGCCGAUAACACUGUAACCGUUACUUCAGUACUCAGGGGUGCCUCCAAGUCGGGGGUGAAACGAACGACAUCGCUGAAAGAUAAAAGCCAAAUUUCGUCGCUUGGUUUCCCUGUCGUAAAGCGCAACGUUGCAAACGCGACUGGUAAGAAGGGCAAGGGACGCCCCGAUGGAGAUGCUUCACCUAAUUUUCGGGCCCACGGAGAUCCAGAAGGUGGCCAUACUCCCGGCGGCUCCAAAUCACCAGCGGCACCCAGCGGUGGUUUGCCAGAAAAAGCUAGCUUCAGGACCCCGCUGAGGUCCUUGCACGCUCCCGAUGGGGAUUUACCCAAGAUCACUGACUUUCCGGAAACGCCGUAUCUUCCUCCAUCCUUCCCAUCGCAGCUUGAAACCUCGACCCCACAACCGCGACGUGGCGCUGCGGUGCCUAUCCGGGCUAAGCCUCCGCCGAUUUACCCUGUAUGUGUAACAUCGUCUCUUCCACACCUGUCAACUCCCAGAGAUGGCAAUCCACAUCAUCCCGGCGAAGAUCAGCACAUUGUUGACACAUCUUCUUCGCCCCCUCUGCAUUCUGAUGGACGACAAGUACACAAACGCCCUCUAUCUCCGUCCUCUAUGCAUGACGCAGUGUCUUCCACUACGAAGAAACGACGGGUAAGGUCUCCCACUCCAGCCUGUUGCCCUCGAGCAACGACGCCACCGGCAAAUGUGCCAGAGGUGAAGAAGCGCACAUUUAUGCCAGCCCCUGAGGGUGGACUUCCUACUCUCACUGAGUUGCUGGCAACUUCCCCUCGACCGAAGACACGCCAGAGACCUCCUUUGGAAAAUAUACUUCGUGCCGAGAGCGAACCUUCGCCCCAUGCGGUCAAAGACAAUCCUUCGCCUGCGAAGUCUUACUUCUCGACUCCAGGUUCGGGACCAUCCGAUUCCCCUGCUUCCAAUCACAACCUUCUCCUUCACUCACCUGUUAGCCCCAUGCGGUCAUUUGCUCAGAAUCCCAAUGUAUUUCUUCCUCAGUUUACCUCCACACAAGCUGGGGGUUCGCGUCACGCCGGGAGUAGUGGCAUCUUCGGCGUGGGCUAUAGUUCCCAGUUUGAUGUGGAAAGACAUGUUGACCGUGUCAGCGAAUUGUUAGAGAAGGAUGUCGAUUUUGGUGGAUGGCUGCGCGAUGUGCCGUCAGUGGAAGAGCCGGAAGCUGGCCAGGACCAAUGAUUAACACACUAUAUGCAAUACCCGCGAACGUGCAAACUGCUGACUAGUUAUACUCCACUCGUGUAUUUUAGUCACGACUAGUUGCUUUACUGGGAAUAAAAACUUCAAGAAGAGUUUGGACCGUAGAAGGCAAGUUGAAGGGAAGAAUGCGCCCAUCAAUGCCUUGAGGCAGCUGAGAUAAUGAACUUCUAAA